GGAACUUUAUGCGAUUCAGUGUGCAGUGGGUACUAAAUUGGCAUUUGUUCAUUUAGUGUACUAUCAUACUAUGCCCGCCGCACUAGUAUAUAUUCUUCCCCUCUUUUGGUUCGGAUUUCUUAUCACCACCGGUGGUUUAGUCUGCGCACAACACUGUAGACGUUUCGAAUAAUAAGUAGAUCUGGAGAUGCGCAGAGUAUUCUGGAAGCCAAUUUUAAACAUUGACAUAUGCGAAAUCUAAAGAAAUGCCAUUAUUAAUGCAAGCUUUCGGCGGACCUGUUUGGAUAGCGUCAUAGGCAGGUGGAACCCCCACCUUUUUUUCGGGUCUCCUCACACGCCGCUCACUAAUCCAAACAAGCCAUCUUUCUUUCUGUUUCCUUUCCCCCCUCCUUCCUUCAUGUUUUCGCUUCCCGCUUUUCGCUCAUCUUUCCUCAGGGUCCUCGUCCCAAGAUUCUCCAUCGUCACUGGAACCAAUCGAUCCCUCGCAACCAUGGCGACAGACACUUCCAAGUAUAAGCUUAACCACACCAUGCUUCGGGUCAAGGACCCGAAGAAGUCUUUGGAAUUUUACCAGUACCUGGGUCUCAACAAGGUUAACCAGAUCGACUUCCCCGAGAACAAGUUCUCCCUCUACUUCCUUGCCUACGAUGGCCCUCAAUCUCUCCAGGGUGACCGUCACUUCACCGACCGCAACGGCGUCUUGGAGCUCACCCAUAACCAUGGCACGGAGAAUGACCCCAACUACAGCGUGGUCAACGGUAACACUGAGCCCUACCGCGGUUUUGGACACAUUGCUGUCUCUGUGGACAACAUCGAGGCUGCCUGCAAGCGACUGGAGGAUGCCGGAUACCCCUUCCAGAAGAAGCUUACCGAGGGCCGUAUGCGUCACAUCGCGUUUGUCAAGGAUCCCGAUGGAUACUGGGUCGAGAUUAUCCGCCGUCACAAUGAGGAUGUUGGCACCACCACCGAUCCCUCCACCUACCGCCUGAACCACACCAUGCUCCGUGUCAAGUGCGCCGAGACUAGCGUCAAGUACUACCAGGAAGUCUUUGGAAUGACUUUGCUGCGCACCAUUGAGAACAAGGAUGCUGGAUUCAACCUUUACUUCCUGGGCUACCCCGGUGCCAACCCUGAGAAGCGAGAGGGUGCCACCAACCCGGUCUCUGAGUGGGAAGGUCUGCUGGAGCUCACCUGGAACUAUGGCACGGAGAAGCAAGAGGGCCCGGUUUAUCACAACGGUAACACGGAACCGCAAGGAUUCGGACACAUCUGUGUCUCCGUCGAUGAUCUCAACGCUGCCUGUGAUCGGUUCGAGUCUCUGAACGUUAACUGGAAGAAGCGCCUUACGGAUGGACGGAUGAAGUACGUGGCAUUCAUCUUGGAUCCUGAUAACUACUGGGUAGAGGUUGUCCAGAACGAGGCGCUUAAGCGUACUGGUAACUUGUAGUAGAGGGAUUGUGUAUCUAGCCAGCCUGCCGCACAUAUACUGAAGAUAUUAGCACUGUUGUA